UUUGAAACGCGCUGCGCCCUUAUAUGACGUUUUGCAUGACACAAACAUUAGAUUAUGGCAGAUCGUGCUCGAGGUAGAUUUCAUUCUAUGUACUUCAAAUUUCGUGUCCAAAGAACAUUCACUAAGAAGGCAGACACCGAGUGCCUUGCGAAGGAGACUUAUCUUAAAGAGGACCAAAUAAAAGUCAUACUUCAGUCAUUCUCUGCAUUGGAUGAAAAUGGUGACGGCAAGAUAUCUAAACAAGAAAUUGCGAGAGCGUACAAGCUUGCAGGCUUCAAACCAACAAAAACAGAUCUGGAUGAAAUAGUCGUGGAACAUGAUGAAAAUGAUGACGGCUACAUAGAUUUCGCCGAGUUUUUCAAAGCUAUGCGGGUAAAAAUGAUUACUAACGACUUUGAAGAAGAACGGUUGAAAACAGCCUUUCGUGUCCUGGAUACAAACCAAGAUGGUUUCAUCGCACGGGACGAAUUAAGGCACGCAAUUUCCACAAGCGGGGACCCUCUAACGGAAAAAGAAAUAGACAGUCUUAUAAAACGAGCAGACAAAAAUCACGACGGCAAAAUAGAUUUUAAUGAGUAUGUCGAAGCCGGUCUUGACAAGUGCAUAUUCUAAGUGGUGAAAGCUUUUAUAGAAUAGUGGACAUUAGCAUAAUUUAUGUGUCAACAUGCCAUUGUCAACAUCAUGAAUUUGUUAUGCCAUGUAGCCAGAAGAAAAAUAGCGAACUUCGCAAUAAUAGAUAUUUUAUAGACAUACAAUUGCUAAGAAAAUGUGGAUUACAUUUCCCUUUGACAAAAUCUAGAAACAGGUGCACAUUUUUGACAAUGAAAUGUAAGUCGUUCCAACAAGGUGUGUCUCAUGUGUAGUGUAACUCGUGUAAUUUAUAUAUUUCAUUUAAUGAUAUCAACUUGACAUUGAAAAUAAAACAGAAAGUGUGCGCAAGAAUAAACGAGAUAAAACAUUCUUCAAUGAUGGUUCACCCUAAUAACAUGGCGUUAUAAGCAGAAUGUGUAAGAAAGUGAAACGACUGAAUAAAUGACGGGAGCAUGAGUAUGUCAAACGGACUUAGAAUGGAAGUAGUGCUUAUAAAAGGCAAUGAAGAUCCAUUAUAUAACAGUUGAUGAAUCAGCUAUAUCAAAAGGCCUUAUUUUAUGUCUGAAAAUGGUUUUAUUGUAUUCGUUAUCAUUUAAUAAGUUUAUUGCUGUAUUCAUUAGUAAGUUUGUAACUGAAUUCAUGAAAAAUGAAAAACUUUGUCACUUUUAUGAAUUAUAAGUUUCUUAUGUUACCGUAUUUAUAAUUAACAUUAACUUGGUGACUGUAUCCAUUAUUUUUUUGUUAAUGUACUCGUUAAUAAGUUUGUAAUUCUGAAUUAGAUUUAUUAUUUACUUUGUGACUGUAUUCAUAUUUUUGUUAAUGUAUUCAGUAAUAAGUUUGUAGUUUUUGAAUUAGAUUUCAUUAUUCAUUUAUUAACUGC